AUAACAAUUAUGCAUAAUAAGACUAUAAUAUUUGCAGUUGAUUUUGACUUAGGAGCAGCCUUUUUAAAACCAGUUACCUAAAAUCCAGGGUCCAAUAUGUUGAGAUAUAGCCCCCGUCGAUACCCUUUAACCAACGUUAUUCUACAGUAGAACAAUCCCCAACAUAGGCUGCAAUCUUCCUUAGAAGCAUUUUGCCGAACAUCUCAUGAACAUUGUCUAGAAAAAAACACAACUAAGCGGGCAGGAAGGUGGAUGAUCUAAAAUUCCACCUUACUCAACGACAAGAUUACAAUCACGAGAGAAAAAAAAUCACAUUACAAUUCGAGAAGAAGAUCAAAAGAGCUUACGAUCUCAGAUUCACAACCGAGAUGAAAGUGAUAGAAAGAUGGAGACUUGACUUUGGUGAUAAAGUGGGCAAUUAGGUUACAAAUAAAAAAUGGCUUUCUGGGUUUAUUGGUUUAGAGCUUCAUCAAGGCAGUAACUAUCUUUCCAGCUAACAGAAAAGUUUGGGAGUCCUAUUUCAUUCAGAAGUUGAAUGUUUUUUUUUCCCUAAAAAGCAUGGACAAGAGGAGAAAGCAACUUGAAGUUUUCCAGAAGUGCAUAAGUAAAAGUUUAGAGUUUAUGCAGUAGUUAACGUUUACUUUGCAGCAAUUGUAAAAGUUUGGGGUUUUACUUGAUCUCUUUCAGUCAAAGAAAAUAAUGGACAAGAGGAGAAAUAGUAAAGGCGGUCAACGAUCAAAAAGAGGCAUUCUACUUGAUGAUGAUGAUGAUGCUAGAGGUGAUUUGCACAAUUUCCAGGGUCCACGCAAGACUCUUCAUGAUUACUUCAUAGAUUUGUCAGGAAAAAGGGCAUCGGUGAGAGAGGAAGCACUUUCAACAAUUCUCAAGGCGUUAACUCUCAACAUAGAGCAAAAUUUUGUAGAACUGAACUUUGUAACACUAGUGUAUCAAUGCUUGCAUUCCAUUAAAAAGGGUUCGCCUACAGAGAUGAAGCAAGCAGCACAUAUUAUUGGAUUGCUGUCAAUGAUUACUACUUCAGUUGAGAAGGUGCACGAAGCAUAUGAAGAUGUGCUGACUGCACUUUCCCAGGGAGGACUAAAACCCAAGCUUAAAACCUUAGAGAUUCUUGGUUGCUUGACUGUUGUUACAUUUUUCGGUGCAAGCAACUCGGACGAGACUGAAUCAGUAAUGAAGUUACUUUGGGACUUAAUUAAUCCUGGAACUGACUCUAGUAUUGAAAGGAAAGAUUCACCAGCCGUUUUAACUGCCAUGAUAUCCGCUUGGUCCUUUCUUCUUUCUACCAUUGAUGGGUGGAGGCUAAGUCACAAAAAUUGGCAAGGGGCAAUUACAUACUUCUCCAACAUAUUAGACAGUAACGAUGAAGCACUAUGUGCAGCAGCAUGUGAGGCUCUUGCUUUAGUAUUUGAAUCCAACUGUCUGGAGAAAUUCUCAAGUAAAACCAAGGAUUCAAACAAAGAACUUAAGGACAACAUUAUAAAGCAACUCAGAAGCCGGUUGUCAGAAACAGGCAAUGAAAGAAUUUCUAGUCAAGAUCCAAGAACAGGGUUCAAUUCUGCCUCGGCUGCUUUAGAUUUCCUAGAGGAUGAGAAAUGUGCAAAUACUCAUGUGACAAUAGGUGGGCAGAAACUCAUUUUAUCAACAUGGUCUCAAAAAGUACAGCUAAAGUUUCUGAAGCAUUUUCUAGGAAAUGAUGGAUUCGUGAAGCAUAUGAUGGAAAAUGAAAACUUCCAUAGUGUUUUCGACUUCCUUCCGGAAAGAAGGAAUGCUUGGGGCAAUGUACUAUAUGUGCCCGAAAGAGAAGAGGUUACUAUUUCGCUUUUCCAACCUAUGGUUGCUAGACACAAUGAUUGCUCUCUGCUACCAUUGCUAACCAGAGACAAGCAGUUAGCAAAGAAAAAGACCAUGUCUCCCAAUUCCCACUUGAGCAAGGCAAGGACUCAAUUACUUAAAAAACAGCGAGACUUAUCAUUAAAGGAGAGAGAGAUUGAUUGCUUUGAUUACUGAUGAGCUGAGGUUAUGUUGAUGCAAUUUAUUCUUGCAGGCUGCAGCAUUUUUUAAAUUAUAGCUUUGAUUAGAGGAUCAUCAUCGCAAUACUUGUUUAAGAGGCAUUCACAAGUUUUUUUUCCUUUAUUUUUUUAUUUAUUCUUUCAUUCUUGAUAUGAAUGGCAGUAAGAUUUUUGUAUUUGUUUGCAUAUCUGCCAUAAUAAAGUUUGAUUUUUUACUUUUUUAUAUAUAUAUUUUUCAUAUUUGUUCUA